AUGAGUCCCCAUCUUCAUAGCCUUUCGAAUUUCGUAUCGAAAGGUCUUUGUGACUCACUCCUGGCAAACCAUCCACUACCAUAUCCGCGCUUUGGUGUUCAGCAAACCCUACAGGCCCUGACACAUUGGUUAUCAAGCACAUGGACCACACUAUGCUUUGUCGGGUCUAAGUCCGAAGCCCCCCUAACCACACUUAGAAGUUCUAACAACUCAUCUCUGGCUGCACGCCUUGUUAAUCUCUCUGGUUCGGCCUCCUUCUCGUUAUUCUCCUUCCCAGCUAUCACCACUUUGUCCGCCUUAACCCGCCUCUCCUCUCUCGCUUUGACUAUCCCUUUACCCGAACUAUUAUCCGAGACAUUUACACUGUCUACACACUCCUCAACUUCCAUUUGUAAUUCCACAAUUUCGUCCUCUUCCUCCUCUGUCAUCUCAUUCAAAGCUUCGAACCUGGAACCAGUUGCAUUAGUAGUGGCCUGUGAUUUGGAAGCAUAUCCCGUACCUCGUAACUUUUCUGGAAUUGAUCCUCUUGCUUUUCUUUUUGCAGCAAUCCACUCGUCGUUUCCAGUCGGGGUCACCGCAUUUUUCCUCCUGUCACCAACAGAUCCACCCUUUCAUCCCCUUUCCAAAUUUACCCUUCCCGCCAAAACGGUCCCCCGGGCCCACCCCAGGCCUCUUCUUACUGGACCUCUCAAAAGACUUCCCAUCCUCAAAAGCCAGACUAAAGUCACCAUCCUCACCCACAGCAAACCCACUCUCCUUCCUCUGUUUCCUCCAGUUCUUAACGGACUCAAUAUCCUCCUUCUUCUGUUGGGCCCGCUCCUUCUGCUUUUGGGCCUGGAUUUCCUUAGCCAGUUUUUUAUUCUCACGGGCCUUCUUUCUCUCCUCGGACUCCUCGGCCUUUUUCUUCUCAACCAGGAGACGGCCCUUCACUUUCUCCAUGUGGGUAUCGGUUUUCACCAUCUCAGCAUAGUAAUCAGCGGGCCUCAAGAAGGGCGGGCCCGCCGCAGAUUGGAACUUCGCGAAUGCCAGCCUGGCGCCCUCGAGCGCUUGCGUGUACAAGGCAAGCUCGCGGUUCAAGUCGUCAUUCACGUCUACCUUCUGAUCCUGGUCGAUGUCGAACGAGAGCCUGUGCAGUUAUUCGGCUGUUUCGGGCCAGCUGAUGUCAGCGAGCUUUUCGAGCAGGCCCGUUUUGUCGUUCGCGGGAGUUUUCGAGGGCUGGCUGAGCUGGACGGCCUCGUCUUCAUCGUCCGAUUCGGAUUCGGAUUCCAUUGGUGUCUUGUA